AUGGAUUGGAGGACGCUACCUCCCGGAGCGCUAGCCUCUCUCGACUCGAUACCGGCAGCCGAUGCGGAGGCUAUCCUGAAGCGCGCACUUUUCUUCGGAUGCGACGGAGGCUUUACCUUGGGAAGGGCCGAAGUGUAUCAAUACGAUGAGCUUACCCAUCGUUUCUUUGGCUGUCCGAACGAUGGCAAGUGCGACAUUGACGAAUCUAUCGCAGCCGAGAAAUGGGAGAAGGUCCUUCUGAAUGACGACUUCGACAUUCGUCAUUGCAUUCCCAGGGUCGCAGUCGUGAACAUAUUCAAAUGGAUGCGCCUGGCCAACGUCGUUGCGCAACACGAACAACUCAUUCGCGCACGUUGGCUCAAGAAGACAAAUCGUCAGCGAAAGGAUGUCCUACUCUCUGCAAUGCCUGACAUGCCCUCGAGCCACAGAGCUGACAUCGAGAUGGUCUUGGAGCAGUGCUGUCCCAAUCAGCGACGUGACUUACUAUCUUCCAUCCUCCCCUACAUCAAUCUCGAGGAUCUUACGAAGCCAAAAUCGCUACUCAUACUGCUCAACGCCCGAGCACACCACUUGCCCAACGAGUUCGCAUACUCCGAUUUCGAACUCGCACCGCUGGCUCAGAUUCGGCCAGUUCUGCUCAAUCCGACCGACUUCACAAUAAACUUUAUUGGGAAUUACGGAGGCGUUGUACAUUGGGACGAUGAAAAGGCAGCCCAGGAUUCGAUCAACAAGGGCUUGACGAUCCAUCCUGUCCACGGACUCAACAUCCUACAGAUACAGCACUCUUUACUGGAGUUCUUACACAAGUGCUGCAUACAUAUCCUCCACGAUGUUGUCUCGACCAACGUGAUAAUGGCGACAUCCGUCACUGUAGCGCCCACACCGCCUCCACUGUCGGACAACGACGAGCAAUACAGUUCCCUUAAUGUCGCGAUGAGAGAAGCACCCUAUCGUGAACCAGCGCUUCUUAAUCUCAACUCACUUCAAGGCCUAGUUUCGGCAUAUAAGGCGGCAGCUGAGGACCAUGUGUGGUUGCUCCGAGAAGACCCCAGCUACUUCGCAGAGAUUGUGCAGGAGCAAUACGAACAUCGACAAGAGCUGCUCUUAGGCCAGAACUGUGGUCGCCUACAUGAAAACGCAAAGGAACGGCCGCUUCGAGGAAAGGUUCUUCGUACCAUGAUCACCGACGCCUAUACGGAAUUUUACGUAUGGCAUGAAGUUCAGCGCCGCAUCUCUCAGCUUCAUGAGAUAUCUCUCAAGUAUCACAGUGAGACACGAGGUCUACGGAAAGAGUUGCCAUCGGACUUCUUUGAAGCUUUAGUGGAGACGUCGUUCUUCUUAGAGGCCACCAUGCUCGACUUUAUACAUCAGAUCAGUCAACAAUGGUGCACCUCACCUGUGAUUCGCGACUCUUGGGCGCAGGCAUGCGAUGCGUAUUGUAAGCAUCAUGCUCAUCCUGUGCCUAUCAAGGAUCAUCCGCGGGGCACGGAGAGGAACAAGAUAGAUCGCCUGGUCCAUUUUCUGGGUUAUGCGCCGUAUCGUAACAAACUUGGCAUUCAUACUGUGGUCGAUGCAAUUGAGAGACUGCUACAGAACAGUCCUAGUGCCAAAGCCUUGGUAUCUCCUCGGAUUGCAUCGUACAUCUCACAGCUCUCUGUGGCAUCACAAUGCUUCCAGCAACUUCAGUUGUUUCAGCCGUGGGCAAGACAGGUCAAGCACAGUGUCAAGCAACGCCAGACUCAACUGUUCAUCGCAUACACGGCCUCUUUCUCGAAGUGGCACGAUGUCUUGAUGACCAAGUUUAAGGGUACCAAUCUGUGGGAGCUUGGCAAGCCUGACGGAAAGUUCCAUUAUCCGGCGGAUAGACGUCGAUCUCGUGCGAACGUCGAUGCUCUACGGAGUGCUGAGGCUGCGCUGGAUGCAUUUUGGACUGCCGCAGAUGAUCGCUUCCGCCAAAAUGCAGGCAAGACGCCGCACGAUAUUGUCACUGAAAUCAUUGAAGAGCGCACUCUGCAACGAACACCUCCCUAUAUCGAGCGUAACAACUCGUCGAGGAAGACGUCGUCUCCCGAGCCUGUCGACUAUAUCUACGUACCGAUCCCCAACAGCCUUCACGAGCCCACCAAACAGAUCACAGGUGUCUUCGACAAGCUCAGUAUAGGAUCUUCUUCGAAGACUAAGACACACGGGCUUUCGGAUUCUCCGGCCGAUAUCGAGCUUAUCGAAUACGUUGCUGACGGCGAACCUGAGAGCCAGCCAUGUUUCCGCCUCGACAAGCGCGCGUGCAGAGUCUUCCGAAACUUGUUCCAUUCGCCAGACUCGCGCGACCAAGUAGGAGAAAUUCCUUGGACCGACUUCCUGCAUGCUAUGGUCUCAACUGGGUUCUCCGCGCAAAAGCUUCAAGGUUCCGCAUGGCAAUUCACUCCGAGGAAUCUACAUGUCGAACGGCCCAUUCAGUUCCACGAACCGCAUCCUACACACAAGCUACCUUUCACCUGGGCUCGACGCUUUGGUCGUCGCCUAGCGAGGACGUACGGAUGGAAAGGUGAUAUGUUUCAGCUUGCUUGA